AUGGAUGAUAAUAAAUUAUUAACAUUAGUUAAUGAAGAACGUAUUCAUUUACAAGAUUAUUGUUCAUUAUUAUUUGAAGUUGGUGAUUUAAAAUAUGCAUCAGCAGCAACUGUAUCACGUUGUGGAAUGAUUUAUGUUGAUCCAGAAAAUUUAGCGAAUAUUAUUGUACAAUUAACAAAAUUACUUGAUUCAUUAUUUUUACCAUUAAUUAAUUCUGAGAAAAAAGAUCAAUUAGAAUUAUAUUCUGAUAAAAUUCAUGUUAUAUUUCUUCAAGCAUUUAUUUUGUCAUUUGGUGUUUGUCUUAAACAAGAAGAUCGUAUCGUACUAGAUAUAUUUAUCAAAUAUUUAUCAGGUCUUUCAACUGUAUCAAUAGAUUUAAAAGCUAAAUCAGGACAAUUACCUAAUGAAAAACUUCUAUUAUUCUAA